AUGCUUCAAUUGGCGGCUACAAGGUGUUCUAACAGGGAGCGGCAGGAUACCCCGGUGCGGACCUCAGUCCAACAACAACAGUUGAGGCACCUCAGCAUCCACGAAUAUCGAGCUGCCAAUUUACUCAGAACCUAUGGCGUCGGAGUCCCUUACGGAGAGGUCGCUCGAACAGCAGAAGAAGCCGAGGUUAUUGCAAAGAAGAUCGAUGGAGAUGAUAUGGUGAUUAAAGCCCAAGUCCUCGCAGGUGGUCGAGGUAAAGGUACCUUUGACAAUGGCUUGAAGGGCGGAGUGAGGGUGAUUUACUCUCCCACCGAAGCAAAGAUGUUCGCAAGUCAAAUGAUUGGGCACAAGCUCAUCACAAAGCAGACGGGUGCCCGAGGACGCAUUUGCAACUCUGUCUACAUCUGCGAACGCAAAUUUGCCCGCCGGGAAUUUUACCUGGCCAUCCUCAUGGAUCGCUCGACUCAGUCGCCAGUCAUUGUUGCGUCAUCCCAAGGUGGCAUGGACAUCGAGACCGUAGCCAAGGAGACUCCUGAUGCCAUCAUCACGACACCUGUUGAUAUCAACAAGGGAGUGACAGACGACAUUGCGCGGAACAUUGCGACCAAGCUUGGUUUCAGCGAACAGUGCAUUGAAGACGCGAAGAACACAAUUCAAAGGCUGUAUCAAAUUUUCAUGGAGAAGGAUGCCACUCAGAUUGAAAUCAACCCACUCAGCGAAACUAGCGACCAUCAGGUGUUGGCCAUGGACGCCAAGCUGGGCUUCGAUGACAACGCCGAAUUCAGGCAGAAGGAAAUCUUCAGCUGGAGAGAUACAUCCCAGGAGGAUCCUGAUGAGGUGAAGGCUGCAGAGUACGGUCUGAACUUCAUCAAACUGGACGGUGACAUUGGGUGUCUUGUAAAUGGCGCCGGCCUAGCCAUGGCUACAAUGGAUAUCAUCAAGAUCAACGGUGGCUCGCCCGCAAACUUUUUGGAUGUCGGUGGUGGUGCUACCCCAGAAGCCAUCAGAUCUGCUUUCGAGCUGAUCACCAACGAUCCGAAAGUGACAGCCAUAUUUGUCAAUAUCUUUGGCGGUAUUGUCAGGUGUGAUGCUAUCGCCUCGGGCUUGAUCCACGUUGUACAACAGAUGAACUUGAGGUUACCAAUCGUGUGUCGUUUGCAGGGCACCAACAUGAAAGAAGCAGCUGAUUUGGUCAACAAUUCAGGCCUCAAGAUCUUCUCCAUCACCGACCUACAAGGCGCAGCGGAGAAGGUAGUAGACCUAUCCAAAAUUGUCAAAAUGGCACGGGACAUUGAUGUGGGCGUGGAGUUUACCCUCGGUAUCUGA